AUUUAUUCAACUUAAUUACUGAAUGGAAGGUUUUCAGAAGCCGUUAUAUAUUUAUCAUCAAAAAUUACUAGACUUACAUGUAACAUGAACAAUUUAUCUGGAAAACCAAAGAAAAAUGUUUCUUCUAGAGAAAUAUCAAAUCGACCUAUCACAUCAGGCGCUAGCAAUACCAGCAAUAUAACUGUUCUGGAGAAGUUUGUAAAUGGAAUUAAUUUUAACCAUGAAGGUCAAUGGACGCCAACUGAACCAGAAGACAGUGAGAGGACCUCUGCUAGGACCGCUGGGAAAUGCUGCUGCUGUUGUUGUCCUCAAUGCAGGGGAAAACCACAGGAUUCGAGUCUUCGGCAGACACAAAUGGAAAAUAAAGAAACUCAAACACUAAUUAGUGCAAAGUCUGAACAUGAUUUCCAAAUUGAAGAAAUCUUUGAAAGGUUUUUGAUCUCACAACUGGAAAACAGUAUUUUCAAAAGCAACAUCAGAAAACCUUAUACGUUGCUAAAGGAUUUAAGAUGUAUCGAUAAUUCUAGUAUUGAAAAAACAAUCGAAAAGAAAUCAUCAUUUAAUAGUCUUAAAGGAGACACGGGUAAUGAUGACAAGCUCACUAAUCUGAUGUACUUUCUAAUCAAGCGUUUUCAGUGGUUAGAACCAAUAAAUAUUCAUGCAUAUCCAGUGAAAGACUUUUCACGAAAUCUAGAAGAAUUUGUCAACAGAGAACUGCGUGCUGUUCGUUCAUCUAGAAGCCCAAUUAGUUCGCAACUAGCAAGUGAACUGCAUUCUAUGAAUAUGGAAAUAAUACGAGUCGCUACAUUCAGUAGCUUUCCGCGAGCCAGUUCUGUGUCCACUAUAAGACUGGCCAAGGAAGGUUUCUACUACACUGGCAAGGAGGAUACAGUCGUCUGCUUUGCCUGUGGACAACAAAGGCAUGGAUGGGAACCAGCAGACAAUCCAAGAGAAAUUCACCAACAAAUCUCUCCAAAUUGUCCAUUUUUAAAUUCUGAACAAUCCAAAAAUGUUCCAAUUGGACAAAACGAAACUGUUGGAAACAUGCAAGUACGAGAAAACGAGAGAAGGCAAGGUAUUGUGAAUCGACAACCAGAAGCUUUGCAAAAUUUCAGACAAGCGCCCAAUGCUGAAGUUGUUUCUUCCUCUAGUCACGAAAGAAACAUGGAACAAAAUGGAAAUUCAGAGAAACAAGAUAUUAAAACAACUCACCAGAAAGCACUGGAGCGGCAGAAAAAGAUCAACAAAUUUAUGAAAAGUUUAGAUCCUCUUGGAAUCAACUUCGAUCGUCCAAAGUACCCUUCAUAUGCUGUAAUGGCAACAAGAGUAAGUUCUUUCAAAGACUGGCCAUCAAGUGUAAUGCAGACACCACGUGAUCUUGCAAUGGCGGGAUUUAUUUACGCGGGAUAUGGGGACUACACACGUUGCUUCUUCUGUGGUGGAGGACUGCGUAACUGGGAACCGCAGGAUGAGCCAUGGAGAGAACACGCCCGAUGGUUUCCGAAGUGUGCAUUCUUGAGACAGAACAAAGGAGACGAGUAUGUGGCAAUGAUUCAUAUCGAACACGAAGAAGAGGAAGAACAACUUGCGUUAGAAAGCGCAGAGAAACCAUCAUCUUCCUAUGCGAACUGUGCAUCAGCAUUACCAGGAGCAACAGAAUCAAAAGAUGAAGCCCUCGCCGAAAUCUUCGACUUAUCGUCGGUUCAGAGUGUACUUCAAAUGGGUUAUUCUCUUGAAGAGGUGAAGGCGGCCUUUGAAUUCUUGAAACUUGCAAAAGAUGUGGGAGAAAUCUCUGGAGAGGACAUAAUGAAUGUCAUUCUGUCGAACGAGGAAAACACGGCAGCAUCAGAGACAACGUGUACAACUCACAAUACGAAUAGACAGACUGUUAGAUUAGAAAUCCCUGCACCCUCAGAUCAGAGUGAUAGAUAUACAGAGCGUAUGUCUGGAUUGGCGAGUUUAAAGCCAAUACCUGAUCCUACAGCACUCAUGGAAGCCUCUCAUGACAGGCAGUCUUUGAUUGAAGAAUACAGGGAGUUACGAAAUCUCCGCGUCUGUAAAAUCUGCCUAGAGAACGACGCUUCAAUUGCCAUGUUGCCCUGUGGUCACCUAUGCUGUUGUACAGACUGUGCUCCGGCCAUGAGAAAUUGUCCGAUAUGUGGUCAGUUUGUAAAGGGGACGGUCCGAACAUGGCUAGCCUAAAUGUAGUGAAUGGAACAUUCUAAGAUUUUCAAAUUUUAAAACUAUUUGUAAACCAUUUUCACAUCUAUUACUUUUUUCCUUAUAUACAUGUAGUAUUGUUUGUCCUUUUGUCCCUCGGCUGUUCAUUCUGUUUG